AGCAAUGGCAACAGCUGAUUCAGAUGCUCCUCCAAUCUUAAAUGCCUACGAAAUUUAUGAAGCCAUCUCACAACCUGAUUCUCCUACGGCAACACAAGAUGUUGAUGCCAUGUUGGAAAUAAAGCAUACUUAUGGGAUCUCUAGAAUUAGUUGGCAAGGGGACCCAUGUGUUCCAUCUAAAUUAGCAUGGGAUGGCCUGAUUUGCAGCUCCGAAAAUAAUAUAAGGAUCCUUUCAUUGAACUUGAGCUCAAGCAGCCUCAAAGGUGAAAUAAGUGAAUCGUUUGCUAAAUUAUUAAAAUUGGAGUCAUUGGAUUUGUCAAAUAAUGAACUGAUUGGACAACUACCAGAGUUUCUCUCAACUCUUCCGAAUUUGAAGUUCAUUAAUUUAGCAGGAAACAAGCUCACUGGUUUAAUUCCCAAGGCUUUGAAGGAAAAUGCUGGAUUGCAGCUAAGUGUGGCCAACAAUCCAGGUCUUUGCCAAAAGAGUUCCUGCAAAAAACACAAUUUUGUAAUUCCACUUAUUGCAUCAGUUGCGGCUUUGGUCAUCCUAACUGUUAUUGUUGCCCUGGUGAUCUGGAGAUUUAGACAUAAAAGAGUCAUCCUAAGUGAAUUUCAAAAAAGGGAAGCUGCAAAAGAUAACAAUCAAUCAUUUUCUUACACGGAGGUACUCCGUAUCACAAACAAUUUAGAAACUGCUAUUGGAGAAGGAGGGUUUGGAAAAAUUUACCUUGGUACUUUAGAAGAUGGCACAAAGGUUGCUGUUAAGCUACUUUCUCCAUCUUCAAGGCAAGGCUAUAAGGAAUUUCAAUCAGAGGCUCAACUCUUAACAGUCAUUCAUCAUAGAAACUUGGUUUCACUAGUUGGGUUUUGUGAUGAAAACGACAUCAAAGCGUUGGUUUAUGAAUAUAUGGAUCUUGGAGACCUCAGCGGACUAUUGUCAGAGAAAAACUCAAAAGUUUUAAAGUGGAAUGAGAGACUUCAAGUUAGUAUAGAUGCAGCAAGAGGACUGGAAUAUCUUCAUCAUGGUUGUAAGACUCCCAUAAUUCAUAGAGACUUAAAACCAUCCAAUAUUCUGUUAAAUCAGUCCAUGGUAGCCAAGCUUGCUGAUUUUGGAUUAUCAAGAGCAUUUAAAAAUGAAAGAGAUACUCAUCUAUCAACUCAACCAGCUGGUACGCCUGGUUUUAUUGAUCCUGAAUUUCAAAAGUCCGGAAACCUAAACAAAGAAAGUGACAUCUAUAGUUUUGGGAUGAUUCUUCUUCAACUUAUCACAAGCCAUCCACCGGUGAGAAGAGAACUUGAGGAUAUAUGUUUCAUCAUUGAUUGGAUUCGUCCAAAAAUUGAAUGUGGGGAUAUCCAAGGCAUUGUUGACCUAAGGUUGGCAGGUGAAUUCAAUGUUUGUUCCGCAUGGAAGGCUGUGGAGACAGCAAUGUCAUGCAUUGCACCACAGCGCACCCAAAGGCCAGACAUUAGUUAUGUGUUGCUUGAACUAAGGGAAUGUUUAGCUAUGGAGAUUGGUCUUUCGAAUUCAAAUGGUAUACCAAGCCAUCCAAUCAAUCAUUCUGGGAAUCUUGAUUCAAUCACCCUCCCCUCAGCUAGGUAGUUUCUUUGCAUUAGUUUAUACUAAAAUGGAUGUUGUUGUGUGUAAUAUAAAGUGGUUUCUCAUUGGACUUGUUCUACAGAAGUUAUGUUUUUUUGGAUUAUGAAACUUCCUGACUUGAUCAUGGUUGUGACAUCUCUCUCUGUUAAUUUGCUACUGAAGUUUCAGUUGAUUAGUGGGUUUCUAUGGCUCUA